GAAAAAAAAUUAAAUGUUUCAUUGAUAAUGUAAAAUGAUUUAUAAUUUAGUACAAUUUUUUUUUCUAGUGACUUAUAAUUGGGUACAGAGGGGAGUACUAACAAAAAUGUACAGUAUUUUUUUUUUGUCAAGUAGCCUAGUGGCUAGAAAAUUCACCUUAAAGGUGAAUUAGUGGAGUGUCCCGGGUUUGAACCCGGGCUCCUGCACAUAUAGUGCGAUAUCCCUACCAACUGAGAUAAGCUCACGGGGACACAAAAAUGUACAGUAUUAUGUAUGUAUGUGUGUAUAUCGUAUAUACGGUGCUUGGUGCAUGACUUUUCUUUUGUGAGUUUUGUGCGCUGCGUUCCGUUGUAUCUUCUUGACUUCUUCUAUCUAUAAGCCUGCAAGCUCUGUCAAAUUCACACGUGUCAGAAAACCAGACGCAUCCCCCACGGCAACCCAAUGAGGUCAGUCAUACCCUAUCAUUUUGUCCACUAUAUCGAGUCUCACACCAAACACAUCGCUACCAAAAAAACCAAACUCAAAAUGAAAUGAAUUGAAUUGAACAUUGUUUUCAAAUCCGCAAUUACCACUUUCUGAAACAACAACGAUAGAAAGAAAGAAAGAAAGAAAAAACAUGUUCAACCUCAAAGACGUUAUUCAGUGACAGAGAGAGUAACCACAACUUUCAAUCUCAGCCGUUCGUUUGUUCGUUCUAUCUUCUUCAUCAACAGUCGUGGAUGGGCCAAGCAGCUUCCACGGCCACCGUCGCCGCUAACCGCCGGGAAAGCCUACAAGUUAACCGAUCUAUAAACUCCACAAAAACUAACAGAUCUACUGCUUUGGUUUCGCCGAUGGUCGCCGGUGAAGACGACGAUGUUUUAGAUCCAGUUAACGGUGACGGUGGCGGUGGCAGUGGAGUUGUAAACUCCGAUUAUAUAUCAGAUCUACCUGACGAAUGCUUAGCGAUUGUGUUUCAGUCACUUUGUCCCGCUGAUCGGAACCAGUGUUCACUCGUUUGCCGGCGGUGGUUUUACGUUGAAGGACAGAGUCGUCAACGACUUUCGUUAAACGCGAAACUCGAUCUUCUUCCGGUAAUUCCUUCUCUCUUUGAUCGAUUUGAUUCAGUGACGAAAUUAGCGCUUAAAUGCGAUCGUAGAUCUGUUAGUAUAAGAGAUGAAGCUCUUGUUAUAAUCUCCGAGCGUUGCCCCAAUCUCACGCGCCUUAAACUCCGCGCGUGUCGUGAACUUACUGAUGCUGGAAUGGAAGCUUUUGCUAAGAAUUGUAAAGGUUUGAAGAAAUUAUCGUGUGGAUCUUGUACUUUUGGAUCUAAAGGUAUGAACGCUGUGCUUGAUAAUUGUGCUGCACUUGAGGAGCUUUCGGUGAAGCGUCUCCGUGGAAUUGCGGAGACUGCGGUGGCUGAUCCGAUUGGGCCGGGUGUUGCUGCGGCGUCGCUUAAGACGAUAUGUUUGAAAGAGCUUUAUAAUGGACAGUGUUUUGGUUCUUUGAUUCUUGGUGCUAAGAAUCUAAAGACUUUGAAGCUUUUUCGAUGCUCGGGUGAUUGGGAUACACUUUUUACGCUAAUGGCAGAACGAGUUAGGAGCAUGAUUGUUGAAGUUCACUUUGAGAGGCUUCAGAUCAGUGAUAUUGGAUUGCAAGCUAUUUCCAAUUGUUCAAAUUUGGAGAUUUUGCAUCUUGUUAAGACACCUGAGUGCACUGAUAUGGGACUUGUUGCAAUUGCAGAACGGUGUAAGUUGUUGAGGAAGCUUCAUAUUGAUGGGUGGAAAGCGAAUCGGAUUGGUGAUGUAGGGUUAAUUGCUGUUGCUAAGUUUUGCCCUAAUUUACAAGAAUUGGUGCUUAUUGGUGUUAACCCUACGAAAGCGAGUUUGGAAAUGUUGGCAGCUAAUUGCCCUAAUUUAGAGAGGUUGGCUUUGUGUGCAAGUGAUACUGUUGGUGAUCCUGAGAUAUCAUGCAUUGCUGCAAAGUGUUUAGCUUUGAAGAAACUCUGCAUUAAGAGUUGUCCUGUUACUGAUCAAGGGAUGGAAGCUUUGGCAAAUGGGUGUCCCAAUUUGGUGAAAGUGAAGGUUAAGAAAUGUAAGGGUGUUACAGUUGAGGGUGGUGAUUGGUUGAGGCGCUCUAGAGGAUCGGUUGCUGUUAAUUUGGAUACAGUCGAAGCAGAACUUCAAGAUGCUAGUGAUGGUGGAGCACAAGACAAUGGUAUAGAAUUUCCUCCGAUGCCUACAACGGCAAAUAUUGCAUCGAGAAGUACCGUUCGAUCGAGUUCAUUCAAGCAAAGGUUAGGGCUUUUGUCCGGGAGGAACAUAGUUGCUAGUACUUUGAGAAGAUGGUCCUCCGGUGGUAGCACUAGUGCCCGCCAUGGUUAGAGACAGAGCAUAAGGAAGCUUGCUGUCUUUGACCAUUUUUCAAUAUUAUUAUUGCUGUAUUGUAUCAUUUGAUUAUCUAUAUCUUGUAUUUUACAUUUGAAAUUUAUGCCGUGUGAUGUUAUUUGUUGUCUUCUGAAUCAAAUCUUCACGCGGUUGAAGUGUCGAUGGCAUUUUCCCCCUCUAUGUUGGCAUUUUCCCCCUCUAUGUUGGUGCUAUACUUUGAUAAACUCACUCAAUGUCCUCUCUUAUCCCUUGUUUAUCAUGUAUUGUUUGUUUGAUUCUUCUCUUGACUGGAUUCCUAGAUUUAAUGGAUUGGAAACAACAAUGUGUAUAGGAGGAUCUCGGAGGUUAAGGAUGUUUGGUUUUUGUAUGAUUUAUGAUUGUUGUGUCUAUUUUUCAAA